CGAGCGCUAUAUCCCUCCUCUCCGUCCCCGACUGUUACGUAUCUCCAAACGACAACCUUCGCUUUCUCCCUUCUUUCUCGUUUCACCACGCCACCGCAGAACAGAGUCACAGCCAACACUGCUCGGAUAUCACAGGCAGCUGCCGCAGCUCUGCUGCUCUUCUUCCUUCAUCUCCUUUCCUCUGUGGGUCCUCGUCAAGUCAAUCGCUCUCUGUCUCUCUGUCUCUCUGUCUGUCUGCCCUUCUCAGAGGUUUUAGUGUUUGGGUCCCCGAAGAUGACUACUAUGGAGAGCUUGAUAGGACUGGUUAACCGGAUACAGAGGGCUUGCACGGUGCUUGGAGACUACGGCGGCGGCGAUGGCGCCUUCUCUUCGCUCUGGGAAGCUCUUCCUUCCGUCGCCGUCGUCGGGGGGCAGAGCUCGGGGAAAUCUUCAGUUCUGGAGAGUAUUGUUGGGAGAGACUUUCUGCCCCGAGGAUCCGGAAUUGUGACAAGGCGUCCAUUGGUUCUGCAACUUCAUAAGACGGAGGAGGGAGCACCUGAGUAUGCUGAGUUUCUUCACCUUCCCAAGAGGAGAUUCACUGAUUUCUCUGCUGUGCGCAAGGAAAUACAGGAUGAAACUGAUAGAGUUACCGGGAAGACAAAGCAGAUAUCUCCUAUCCCCAUCCAUCUCAGUAUAUAUUCUCCAAAUGUUGUCAACCUGACCCUGAUUGAUUUGCCGGGUUUGACGAAAGUUGCUGUUGAGGGGCAACCUGAAAGUAUCGUGCAAGACAUCGAAACGAUGGUUCGAUCCUAUGUUGAGAAGCCUAAUUGUAUCAUACUAGCAAUAACUCCAGCUAAUCAAGAUAUUGCGACAUCAGAUGCAAUAAAGCUUGCUAGGGAAGUGGAUCCUACAGGGGAUCGAACAUUUGGAGUGCUGACUAAGCUUGAUCUAAUGGAUAGAGGAACUAAUGCACUGGAUGUUCUCGAAGGAAGAGCUUACCGGUUGGUACAUCCUUGGGUUGGAAUUGUAAAUCGUUCACAAGCUGAUAUAAAUAGAAAUGUAGACAUGAUUGUAGCAAGACGGAAAGAGCGUGAGUACUUUGCCACCAGUACUGACUAUGGCCACUUGGCUAGCAAAAUGGGCUCGGAGUAUCUUGCAAAGCUUCUGUCAAAGCACCUGGAGUCUGUUAUUAGGGCACGCAUACCAAGCAUUACAUCCUUGAUUAAUAAAAGCAUCGAUGAGCUUGAAUCAGAACUUGAUCAUCUUGGAAGGCCAAUUGCUGUUGAUGCUGGGGCUCAGUUAUACAUGAUUUUGGAGCUUUGUCGUGCAUUUGACAAGAUCUUCAAGGAGCAUCUAGAUGGGGGCCGACCUGGAGGUGACCGUAUUUAUGGAGUUUUUGACAAUCAGCUCCCUGCUGCCCUGAGAAAGCUUCCUUUUGAUCGGCAUCUCUCCGUCCAAAACGUCAGAAAAGUGGUUUCCGAGGCUGAUGGUUAUCAGCCUCACCUAAUUGCACCGGAACAAGGUUACAGACGGCUAAUUGAAGGGUCUCUAAAUUACUUUAGGGGCCCAUCUGAGGCCUCAGUGGAUGCUGUCCAUUUUGUCUUGAAAGAACUCGUAAGGAAAUCAAUAGCAGAAACACAGGAGUUGAAGCGAUUCCCAAGUCUUCAAGCUGAAAUCGCUGCUGCAGCUGGUCAAGCUUUGGAAAAAUUCCGUGAGGACAGCAAGAAAACUAUCAUUCGAUUGGUGGACAUGGAGUCCUCAUACUUGACAGUGGACUUCUUCCGUAGACUUCCACAGGAAGUGGAGAAAGGAGGAAACCAGAGUGCCUCUAACGUGGACAGAUACACAGAAGGGCAUUUCCGGAGGAUAGCAUCGAAUGUGUCUUCUUACAUUGGCAUGGUGUCUGAGACACUCAGGAGCACAAUCCCUAAGGCUGUUGUCCACUGCCAAGUUAGAGAAGCUAAGCAUUCACUGCUAAAUCACUUCUACACCCAAAUUGGGAAGAAAGAGGCGAAGCAGUUGGGACAAUUGUUGGAUGAAGACCCAGCACUGAUGGAGAGGAGGCAGCAGUGUGCAAAAAGGCUCGAGUUGUACAAGUCAGCGAGGGACGAGAUCGAUUCUGUUUCAUGGGCUCGGUGAUGGAGAUGAAUGACUCUCUCUCUCUCUCUCUCUCUCUAUCUCACUGUUCAUUUGGAACCCUUCCAAAUGAUUCGUCUUUCUGUAAACAAUCCGAUUUGUUGUUUGUAUAUCUGUCAUUAAUUUUAUUCACAAUGUGUGUCUGGGGCGUGGGGGAUGACGUAUCUUAACGAUAUAAUUGGUCACAGCGAUGUUUGUAUAAUUAUGAUGAGUAGGAUGAACGUCUCUUGAUAAUUAUUAUGAUGGGCAUUGACCAUGUUGUCUGAUUAAGCAGAUACGACAAGGAGAUAUGAGUUGAAGAGGUUUGGAUGUAGAAUCUGAGGGAUGUUUAAUACCCUA